AUAUUGUUUUACCUCACACUUCUCAAAGCUCCCUUUUGCCUUUGAAUGACAGAGAAGACGUUUGAGUUUUACAAGAGAACUGUAGUUUGGUGAUAUGGAUCCCAAACGGAAGGGAACAGCAGCGAUUUCUGACAGUGACAGCGAUGGCGAGAGAAGCCGUGUCCCCUCGAAGCCGCGACCCAAGCGGCGUCGCAUUCUCGACCCCUCGGCCAUCACUGCAGUUAAUAUUUACUCCAAUAAGGUGGACAGCGGUCUGAAGCUGCAGCCAGAGCCGUUUGAACCAGAAGGCUUCCCAGAGCCAGAGACUCCUUCCCCUCAGGUGGUAGUGCAGAGGAAGUCCCCCAGGAGAGCCAAUGUGUCGAUGUGUAUCGAACUCUCAGAUGACUCUGACGAGGAGACCACCAAACCCACGCAAAACCCAACUGUUAGGACUGUGCUGAGGCGUUCCCCCUCUCCACCCCCCUCCCCCUCCACACCACUCAAGGCACGGCGGCGGCCCAACCGCAAACUAGCGGAGAUGAACAAGAAGCUGGAUGUGCUUGGCUCCCUGCUGCGUCCGUCACCAGAGAGGCCGGGCCUUGCUCUGGCAGCUAGCCAAUUAGAGGAGGAGGAAGAAGAUGAUGGAGAGGAGUCUGAUGAUGCGGACAUCGCCAUUGUAGACAGGCCACGCCCUCGCAAGAAAUCUAGCCAAUCAAAACGCUCGCAGCAGCAGGAGAACACACCAGCACGACUGGUCAAUUUAAAGAUACGCCACAGAGCAGACAUACACCGAAUACAAGUAGCACAGACAGCGCUUCUGAAACAUGCGGUGGAAGAGCUGUCACUGAAGCUAAAGGUCCCGCCCUCCAGCCUGCUGCUGCUGCACGGCGAGGCGGAGCUCAACACCUCUAACACUAUUGGCCAGCUAGGACUCGGCAUCGCUGACAUCAUCGACUGCGUGGUGUUGAGUGAAGAGGUGCGAGACGAUGAGGAUGGUAGUCGUGCCGACGGUUGCCGAGAGGGACAGCAGCAGGCCGAUGAUGUCAUCACCGUGCGACUGCAAGGCAAAGAGAAGGGCUCUGACAAGGAGUACACUGUACACAAGCGUGAGCCUCUAGGAUCCAUCCUGUCCCGCUAUACCUCUGCACUGCCCCCUGCUGUCCAAAAGAAGACGCGCUUCUUGUUUGACGGGGCAAAGGUCAUCCCCAGCAACACGCCCUUUGACCUCGACAUGGAGGACGGCGACGUCAUCGAGGUCUGGAGCUAGCGGCGACCAGAACACCACACACACACACACACACACACUCCUCUUGCUCCCUGUGGCACACACACACACACACACAC